AUGAACACUAAUACGCGCAACAGUUUACUUGUAAAGGCCUUUUCCUCAGCGCUUGCAUGGCGCUGCAACAUUUCUACGCCUAACGCAUCAUAUUCCACAGUUUUUGAUGGAGAAAGGGCAAAGAAUGCCAUUGAGACCUCAUUGGACGCAGUGAUCACGACGGCGGGCUGGGCGUUCUGGCGAGCGCUGGUGGGGCCAACUGCCGAAGAUGAAGAGGCAGCCCGCCUUAUCGCCAUCGAGAAACAGGAGAGGGAAUUUCACGAAUUUGUACGACAACAGAUUAUCUGUCUUAUAAUAUUCAUCUCGCUCUAUCUGCUGUCGUACUGGAUAAUCUCAUUGUUCAAAUCGAAGUCGGACAGCGAUUCAUUGUAUUCUGGUGAUGAAGAUUACUUUGUAUAUAGAAUUAGUGUGUGGAUGUGCUCAGCUUCACUUGCUAUCUCAAUAGGUUCAAUUGCACUUUUACCAUUUUCGGUAAUCAGCUCAGAACUUCUGCAACGAUACCCGGACAACUACUACCUACAGUGGAUGUCGUGGUCGCUGAUAAAUAGCCUGUGGAAUUAUGUAUUUGCGCUUUCGAAUCUCAGCCUUUUUGUUCUCCUGCCAUUUAGUUAUUUUUUCAUCGAAUCACAGGGUUUCAGCAAGACCAAAAAUGGUAUUAUGCAGCGGGUUUAUGAAACACUAGCUGUGUGCGCAUUGCUCAUUGUAGUGAUAUUGUGCCUAGGAGAUGUAGUAUUGACUCUCAUGUCAUCAUCGGUUUCCUUGAUUAGUAUAACAUCUGUAAAUCUGCCACUCAUUUAUUCCUUUGUAUCACUCGCCGGAGUGAUGCUACUGUUGGUGUCGACACCGAUAGGUUUCGCAAAAAUGUUUGGUAUUGUUGGGGAAAUGACCAUGAACUCAAUCUCCACUCCAGACCAGGACGAUAUUGUGGUAAAUCGUCUGGAGAGAUACUGCCAGCAACGAGCGGAAGCCAUGAACAGCUAUACAAUAAAUAACAACAUCAAGAAACAAGACUUCGACGGUCUUUCAACGUUAUAUUCGCCAGCAUCGCAUGGAUAUUCACCGUUGCGACUGAGAGCCAAGGUAUACACGAAUGGAAAUGCUGUUGGUGCCGGCGAUUGUGGCGAUCCGUACUACUUGUUCUCUUCAUCAGUGUACGGAUAUACUCCUCUAACAAAUGGCUCCUUUUCUUCCAUAGGUGGAUAUGGAGAUUGUGGAAUGCGCUCGUCUGAGAAGUUUCAAGAAGUAGGUGGACUCUCGAACCAAAAUAUGAGCAAUGGCUGGGCUAAUGGAGCCGCUGUGGGAAUGCGUCAUCGAAGUGCUAUGGCUAGCCAGUUUUGCUCUAAAGUGCGACAGAAGUCUUUGAAAUGGUGCCAGCAGUUUACUCGUGUCAUCAAGUUUCCUGCCAUUGUAGUCAGUUUACUGGCUUUGACGGGAAUUUCGUUGUUGAUGGUGCUGAUCAAUUCUUUGAAGCUGAUGUUUGGAUUUCGAAGCUUACCAGCGUAUGCACAGUACAUGGAAGUGCAUACAAGACAUUCUCUAGGUAUUCUUGGCGUGACUAUUGAGAGUAUCACGAUCAUGUAUGUGAUGGCAACUUCUCUUAUCGGUUUCUAUUCGAUGCCUUUUGUACGAGCUUUACGUCCCCAUCGAACCAAUACUUCCCUAACAGUUAUUAUCAUCAACUGUAGUCUGGUAGUGGUUCUCAGUUCAGCGUUGCCUGUACUAGCAAAUACAUUGGGGAUUACAUCCUUCGAUCUUCUUGGUGCAUACUCAUCUUUGAAAUGGCUUAGCAAUUUCAAACUAGUGUUGGCGUACAAUCUGCUAUUCGCGGCUGCUACCAUAGUCUGCGUUUUCUCGAAGAUCACCAGUCCAGUACGAAAACAAAUAUUGAAGAGGUUUCGACAACUUCGAUGUCGUUGCUCAGUGUCAGUGGACGACGAAGCUACGGAGAAGAUCGAGUAGAGCCGCAUCGCAUUUUCUAGCGUUAGAUGAUAUUUAGGCACAAUUAUAUGAUUGUAAAUAUUUGUAGAAAAAGCAUUUUUUUGAUCUAGAAAACAGCUAGCUGUUGAAUUGAACAUCAUCAAAUCUGUACAGGACAUACAUCUUCUUUGCUUUCCAUCUCUUCCUCUUGAAGACAUUCCAUUUCAUCUCACUCUAGAAUUAGUCAACUAUCCGCUUUCGGCUUUAAUCUUGGUCGUUGUUGUUUAUCACAUUUUUGCGAUGAGAGAUGUGCAUUUGUGUUUCUUAAUGUUUGUUUAUCAUGCGAAUGCGUCUUGUUGUUGUUUCACCCUUGUAUACGAACUGUACGGGAAUUUGAAGUCACAUCGAAGAGUGCCUCGGUGCUUGCUACAGAUGUGCUUUCCUCCUCUUUCAUUAGUCAUGAGUACCAAAAGUUGUACUGUUUUUGUUCAGAGCUUUCUGUGCAAUAGUUCAUAAGCUGUGCUCAUAAAAAGUGCGCUGUAAAGUUAAUCUAAAUUAAAGUUCUGC